UAUUCUUUGUAAUGCAAUAUUGACACAAGCACCCACAGAAAUGGAUCUAGCACUUGCUGUGAGCUCUGCAGCUUUCAUCACUCUCUUGGUCUUGUGGUUCUUGAAACCUUCCUCAAAUCUUCCACCAGGUCCAUGGGGAUUGCCCCUGAUUGGCCACUUACACUUGCUAGCAGGAAUGCCCCUGCACAGAGCAUUCCAACGCAUAGCCAAGAAGUAUGGUCCUAUUACUUCAUUGAGGCUGGGAAUGAUCCCAACCGUGGUGAUUUCCAACCAAGAGCUUGCCAAGGAGAUCUUCACCACACACGAUCUAAAUUUUGCUUCCAGGCCAUACUUGGUUUCAGGUGACCACUUCAGCUAUAACUUUUCUGGACCUGCAACCAGUCCCUAUGGAGAGCUAUGGCGAAACACUCGCAAGCUGUGUACAAUAGAGCUCUUCACGGCCAAGUGUAUUGACUCCUUCUCUUGGGUCAGAAGGGAUGAGCUUUCUCGUACCUUGGAGGGGAUUUUGAAGGACCAUGGCGAUGACGAACCUGUGGAGGUGAGAAAAGUGGCCAGUGUUUUCUCCUUCAACAUCACAUCACGAAUUUUGAUGAGCAAGAGGUACUUUGGUGAUGAAAACGUAGAUGCCCAUGCCAUGGAAUUCAAGGAGCUCAAUGACAAAGUUCUUGAGCUGGUGAUCAAUCCCUGCAUUAGCAACUUGGUGCCCUGGUACUUGAGAUGGCUGGACUGGCAGAUUCCUCGCUACAAGCGAAUCCGGACCACUCUCCUGGUGAAUGCAUGGGCGAUUGGAAUGGAUCCGGCAGUGUGGGAGAAUCCCACACAAUUCCACCCGGAGCGCUUCUUGGGGAGCUCCAUCGAUGUCAAAGGCCACAACUUUGAGCUCCUCCCGUUUGGAUCUGGGCGGAGAAAGUGUCCGGGAAUGGGCAUGGGAUUGCGAUCAGUGGAGCUGCUCGUGGCAAAUCUCAUCCAUGGCUUCAACUGGAGCUUUGUGCCUGGGACAACGCCGUCCAUGGAAGAUGUUUUCUCCACUACUGCGCAGCUCAAGACCCCAUUGCAAGCCAUGGCGACUCCAAGGCUCCCCAAGGAGGUCUACAUCAAAGUUUAGAGAUCACUUAGUGGACUUUGCUACAAAGACUAUUCUACUCGUAUUUACUCCGCAGCUCAAGACCCCAUUGCAAGCCAUGGCGACUCCAAGGCUCCCCAAGGAGGUCUACAUCAAAGUUUAGAGAUCACUUAGUGGACUUUGCUACAAAGACUAUUCUACUCUUAAUAAAUAGCUGGUUUUUCCA